AUGUCGGGGGUUGCUUCUAGUUCUUCAGUUGUGUCUAAGAAAAAGAAGAGUAAUUCGAAGAAGUCUAGUGGAAGUAGACCCGAUAUUGGGUGGGAACAUGGCAUUGACAUUGACAAUAAUGCGAAGAGAUCUCAAUGCAAAUAUUGUUCUAAAUUUUUUUCCGGAGGUGUCUAUCGUUUGAAGAAUCAUCUUGCUGGUACAAAUGAAAAUGUUAUUGCAUGUUUAAGUGUGCUAGAUGAUGUGAAGACCCGUAUGAUUGAGAAUCUAGCAACUCUUGCCGAAAUUAAAGAGAAGAAAAAAAGGAAAUUGUACGACACCUCGGGUUCGAUGAAUGAAGCACACCCGGGAUUCAUGGAUCAUGCUUCAAAGGGGAAAGAAAAAGCAAGUUCGUACCAAACAACUAUGAAUCAACUACUCAAGAAGGAUUUGCGAAAAAGCGCAUGCAAGCGAAUAGCAAAAUGGUUUUAUACGAGUGGGAUCCCUUUCAACACAGUGAAAAAUCCCGAGUUCGAGAGAGCAUGUGAGGAGAUAGCUCGACAUGGUCCAGGUUUUAAGGGUCCCUCUUACCACGAGAUUAGAGAGACUUUUUUGACUGAAGAAGUCAAGGAAAUAGACAAUUUCCUUGAUGUCAACAAGGACGAAUGGAGUAAGAUUGGAUGCACAAUCAUGUCGGAUGCUGAAAAGGUGUUUGAGAUGUUGGAUAAAAUUGUGGACAAGGUUGGGGAAGAGAAUGUGGUGCAAGUGAUCACUGAUAAUGCUGCCUCAUACAAAGCAGCUGGAUCGUUGUUGAUGGAGAAAAGGAAGAAUUUAUUUUGGACACCAUGUGCAGCCCAUUGCAUAGACUUGAUGUUGGAGGAUUUCGAGAAGAAGCUGCAAACUCACCGAGUAACAAUAAGGAAAGGUAGAAAGAUCACUACAUUUAUUUACAAUAGACCAAAUCUCAUCUCUUCGAUGAAAAACUACACCAAAGGAAGAGAUUUGAUUCGGCCAGCUGUUACUCGGUUUGCAACUGCAUAUUUGACUUUGGGUUGCCUUAGUGAACAUAAGGGUUCUUUAAUUACAAUGUUUUCUUCAUCAAGCUGGAAGGGAAGCACACAUGCUCGUUCGGAGAAAGGCAAGAAAGUUCAAAAGAUUGUGUUGGAUAAUAAAUUUUGGAGUAAUGUUGUGACAUGUCUUAGGGCUGCCUUACCACUAAUCAAGGUACUACGGCUGGUGGAUUCAGAUGAGCAACCUGCUAUGCCAUUCUUGUACGAGGAGAUGGAUUGUGCAAAAGAAAAGAUCCAAAAUAACUUCAACAAUGUGAAAUCAAGGGAGGUUAAAAAUGGACUUUUUGAUUCAAUUGAUAAGUUGGUAAAGGAUCGGUUUGAAAGGCACACCAUCAUUACACAACUUGAUGCAUUCCACCACGCACAAGGCAUGUUUUCUAGGGAAGAUGCAAGAGCAUUGUUGGGGAAAAACAUCCAGUUGAUUGGUGGAAUACUUAUGGAGAUGAUGUUCCCAAACUUCAAAAAAGUAAAUUCGGAUGAUGAAUGGAUUACGGAAAGAGGUGGAGGUGUUGAAGAUGAUGUUGUUGAGAUGGAUGGAGAUGUGGGAGGGGAAGAUGACCCUCAUGGCUUUUUUGAUGAUGGUAAUCCUCUUGAUGAAAGUGAUGCUAGUGAGCAAGAUGUGGAUGAAGAUGAAGAUGAAGAAAGGGAAAGAAGUAUGGAGAUGGUUGAGGAAGAUGAAAGUGAUGAUAAUGAGAGUGAGAGUGACGAUGGACUUGAUCCUAAUGUCAACCUUGAAGAUUUAAGCUAG